ACCUCAAAAAUGACUGCACGCAGCACGGCACAGCGCGAGAAGCGAGAUUUCUUGGUCCGACAAUGGCAACUACCCGUCACACAGCACUUCUAUCUUGAGCGCCCCUCCUCGCGCACAUCCGUGUCACAUUUCCAUGGCAGAAGAACCGAGUGGAGCAAUGGCCAAGGAGCCAUAGUGGGUUAUCGCCACCACGGAUUUUCCUGAUACUCCGCCUCCUGGCAUGACAUGGCAAACACUGCUUGUCCACGCACCUUCACCUAUGCGUGAUCCCUUUCGUUAAUAAAUUUUUUAUACAUUCACUAGACACAGGCGACAGCACAAUCGCCAUUCACGCGCUCCCAAGUGCGCAGUACUAAUACUCUCGUUGAAGCUCUGACUUCGUUUUGCAACCACUGCAGCCACCAUGAGGUUACACUACGCUAUCCUUAAUUUUCUGGCUCUGGCCACUGCCUCGGUCAUUCCAGUCGAGCGGUUACACGAACCCGGGACCACACAGCACGCGACGCCAUUCACAUCUGAGAGACUUGUCUCUCGCCAGAGCAGAGACAUCAGACGACGACAAACGGCAAGUGUUCAGGUCACUUUCAACCAGCUUGCUCAAACUGCCUGGGGCGAGUCAGUACAAGUCGUUGGGUCAAUCGCUCAACUUGGCAACUGGGACACGAGCAACGGCGUGGCACUUAGUGCUUCGCAGUACACAAACGAUAGGCCUCUGUGGUCAGGUACCAUCAGCAUUCCAGCAGGCACAAGUUUCAGCUACAAGUAUAUCAAAAUUGGCACCGAUGGCACCGUCACUUGGGAAGCGGAUCCAGAUCAUUCUUUCACUGUACCCACCAAUGGCGGCAGCGCAAGCGUGUCCGACACAUGGCAGUCAAACACUCUGCCGUCAGUGACUACUGUAAUUCGAGCCCCCACGAGCACUGCGGCGACCACCAGUAGCGCGCCGACAGCAACAUGCACGAAUGGUCCCAACUCGAGAGGCUGCUGGAGUGGUGGCUUCGAUAUUGAUACCGAUUUUGACCAGGAUUGGCCAGAGACCGGUCGAACUGUGUCCUACGACUUCACCAUCACCAACACUACCAUGUCUCCUGACGGCUUCGAGCGUUUGGUGUAUGCCAUCAACGGACAAUAUCCAGGACCUACCAUCUAUGCAAACUGGGGUGACACCAUUCAAGUCACUGUUCACAAUGAGCUCCCGAACAACGGAACUUCGAUUCACUGGCACGGAUUGCGCAUGUGGCACAACAAUGGCCAGGACGGCGUUCCAGGUGUCACCGAGUGUCCCAUAGUUCCUGGAGGCAGCAAGACUUACACGUUCAUUGCGACUCAAUACGGAACGAGCUGGUACCAUUCUCAUUUCAGCAACCAGUAUGGUGAUGGUAUCAUUGGACCUAUCGUCGUGUACGGACCCGCAACGGCAGACUACGACGAGGAUCUUGGACCCCUUCCCAUUACUGAUUGGUACUAUCCUACCGUCGGCACAACGUCCUUUCUCGCCAGACAUCGAAACUCCCUGGCACCCACUGCAGACAAUGGUCUCAUAAAUGGCACAAUGACAUCCAACUCGGGAGGAUCAUACGCGCGCACGAUUCUCAAAGCUGGCAGACGCCACCGUCUUCGUCUCAUCAACACUGGCGUCGACAAUCACUUCACGUUCUCUCUGGACGGCCACACCAUGACUGUAAUCGCUGCUGACUUCGUUCCUCUGGUGCCUUACAACGCCACGAGCGUCUUCCUUGGGAUCGGGCAACGAUACGAUGUGAUCAUCACCGCCGACCAAAGCCCGGGAAGCUACUGGUUCCGCGCUGACUCUCAAGACACCGCCGGCUGCGGCUCCAACUUCAACAACGGCAACAUUCGCUCCAUCUUCUCAUAUGAAGGCCACGAGAACGAGACCCCAAUUAGCACAGCGCAUAACUACGCUCAGCGCUGUACAGAUGAACGCGGACUUGUUCCCUACUGGAACUCUUACGUUCCUGCGAACAAUAUCCCCACGUUUGAGACACUCGCCACAGCAAUCAACCAGUCCACCGAUGCCAACGGCCUUUUGACCAUCUUCUGGCAAGUCAAUGGCACACCUCUCCGCGUCGACUGGUCGCAACCUACUCUUGGUGAGAUCCAAAACGAUCGCUCUUUCUCCAACUGGCCCGAUCGCGCGAAUGCAAUCUCCCUGCCAAAUGCCAAUCGCUGGACAUACUGGGUUAUCACCGAAGCACCUGGCUCGCCAUUCACAGUCAACAUCCCGCAUCCAAUUCAUCUUCACGGCCAUGACUUCUACGUCUUGGGAGCUGGAGAAAGUGCUUGGACAGAUGCCGACAGACAGAACCUGAACUAUGAGAACCCCAUGAGGAGAGAUGUUGCCAUGCUGCCCACAAAUGGCUGGCUGGCGAUUGCAUUUGAGACGAACAACCCUGGAGCGUGGUUGCUGCAUUGUCAUAUCGCAUGGCACGCAGACGAUGGUUUCGCAGUUCAGUUCAUCGAAAGCCAGCAAACAAUGUUGGAUAUCGACCCCAUCACGCCAGAUUUCAACCAACAAUGUAAUACUUGGAGAGACUACUAUCCGGAGCAAGCGGAGUACUUGCAGACUGAUUCAGGGAUUUGAGAACAGAACAGGUCGUUCCACGAAGAUGAAUCUAAUGUGUAAUAAUGUACAUAAUGAAUGAAUGACGGACGCAAAAUUGCAAUGCGAAAGUCGCUGCUCGCGAAUUGGGAGGAAAAGCACAACUGUUUGUUCUCAAGCACAGAGGAUGAAUUUCACUACGAAUGUGUCUUGCCUCUAUGAUCAUCACUUUCGUCACCAGAGAUUGCCGGAUGCGAAUAGUAGAGAGCCAGGACUUCCGCUGCAAUUAUCUGGCCCUGCGCGUCCUGAGCCGACACCC